AUUAGGUUGAGGUCAUAACCUGCAUCAAAGUCGGCAUUUUGUAUAUGUUAGCUCUCUUCACAUUCAUUUGCACCGUCACGGACGCCUUCUGGAAGUUGGGCCAUUCCGGAUUUCUGCUCGGACCACCUUUCGGGUACUUCCUCGGCGAUAGGACGUUUGGAAUUCGCGUUGGCUUCCUUACAGUGCUGAUGUACGGCUGGAGCUUCUACUGGAGUUUGGGACGGCAGCUUCCCCCAUUAGAGUCCCAUCAGGCGUUCUGGCUUAUCGGCGACGUGUACGUGAUAACCGGCGCCGUCUACGUGCUUGGCUGCUUUGAUCAGCUACUAGAGUGUCAGAAGCAGUUGCAAGACGACGUCGAGAUUGAGAGGAAAGGAAAUCAGGCAAAAACUAGGUUCAUCUCUUCGAUCUCCCAUGAGUUGCGCACACCACUGCACGGUAUCCUCGCAAACGUAGAACUGCUUAAUGAUCUGUGCACAACGCAUUCGCAACGCACUCUGCUGGCUACAAUCGAAUGCUCAGGACAGAACCUGCUGGGAAUCAUCAACCAAGUUCUGGUGUACUCGAAAGCAGAAAGUGGGGCGAAACAGUGCCAGAACGUUUUUGAAUUUGACCUUUUCACGCUGCUGGAGGAGGUUAUCACAAGUCUAGCUCCGGUGGGAUUUAAGAAAGGGUUGUCUGUGGGCUAUUUCAUUGACAUAUCGCCGGCGAUGCGACGAGUCAUCACGUCCGAAGGCUGUCUGAGGCAGAUUCUGGUCAACCUCCUAGGAAACAGUAUAAAGUUCACAAAUACGGGCUCUGUCGAACUCCUGGUUACCGACGAGGACGCAGCAACGGAAGAGAACCCGCUGAACGAAACUAAGACCAAGUCGAUGCGAGUAAAGACUUGUUGCGAUCUACCCAACCAGCUGCGGACGCCGAAUGGGAAGGAAUGCUCUUCGUGCGAUAACGUUGAGGAGGCGGCCCAAGAAAGCAGUUCUAGCGCCAGCAGUUGCGAGGCUUGCGCGACAGGCAUGGUGAGGGAGAUGUCAGAAAGCGAGAUCACCCUCGAAAAGGCGGGGGUUUCCGACCUCCAUGCUAGCAGUCGAGGGGAAGAGCCGCAAACUGAUCGACAACACAAACGAAGAGUCACAUUCACGAUUGUUGACACCGGGUGUGGAAUAGCGGAAGAAUUUCUGGAGAAGAUGUUCAGUCCCUUUGAACAAGAGUCAACGAGGAAGAAUCGUCUGAUAAAGGACGUAGAGGGGACCGGACUGGGUUUAUCGAUCGUGAAGACGCUCCUGGACGAGCUCGGCGCAGUUAUCAAGGUGGACAGCACUGUCGGCCAAGGAACGACUUUCAGAAUCACCCUAGAUUUGUUCUAUCCGUCCGAUACAGCCUGGUUAGAUACAGCGGCACAACGGAUCGACGGCGCUUUCUUCGAGGAGCCCCCGGAAAGCCGGGCGGAAUUUGCCGAACGUCUCAACAACAUGAAAGUCGCGUUAUGGUCGACACAUCGUGAUGCGAUCAGUGACGUGCGACUCGAAACGUAUCUGGCUCGCUGGAAGGUGCCAUAUAAGUACGUGGACGACCCCUGGCCAUCACCCGAUAAACUCACACCUGCGGAGAAAACCCGCUGGAACGACUUGUUCAAGUCCUUCGAUAUGGUAGUGGUUGACGAUGUUGUAGAUCAACUUAGAUUUUUGGACGCCGUCAUGGAGUCGAAGGAUAACCCCGUGAUUGUGUACACCACAACACUCGCAAAUUUCAGUGAAGCAUGCGCUGCGGCAGCGCCGUGGGACGGAAAGGUUCGUUUUGCCCUGAAGCCCCUUGGACCCGUCAAGCUCCUUCCGCUAUUUUGGGAAUUCUUGAUGAGCACCGAGGCACACUCGGUUGAUAGCUUCGACGCAAACUUCCGCAAAAUGAUCAAGUCUCGAGGAAAACUCGACGUUGAUCUCGAGAUGGAUCAGAUGCGGGCGAGAUACGAUUUGGUCGGACUCGGUCCAGUAGGCGUCCCGCCCACAGAUCAAGAUCCAACGAAUAAUGACAGUGAGAAGAGCCCGGAGGAGAACGGGUCAAAGACUCAAGACGAUGGUUCUCAACAGUCACCGGCCGUGGAAGAUGACUUCCGUGUGCUGAUUGCCGAGGACAAUCCCAUCAAUCAACAGAUUCUGGCCACCUCACUAUCGAGAAAACGGCUGAAGCAUGACAUAGUGGAAAAUGGACAGCGGGCGGUGGACGCAUGGACGGAGAAGCGAUAUCAAGUGGUAAGCACACUUGCUCCCUCUCGCACUCGCAAAGCUUAACGCUUCUUCUACGUCCUUUCGAAUCGGUCCUUUUAUCAUUAGAUAUUAAUGGAUGUCCAGAUGCCAGUAAUGAAUGGCAUUGAUGCCGUUGCUAUCAUCCGCCGCCGAGAGAGAGAGUUCGCAGCCGAAGCCGAACGUACCAAUGUGAAGAACUCUGCCAAUACUACGGAAGCCGCA